AAUAGUAUCGUUAAUAACGUCCGAUGUGCUGGACGUCUGGCGUGUGUUCUCGGAUAUGUGUGCACAUUAGCACCCUAUCACUAGUGUUUAUAAGUUCAUAUUAAUACAGUGUCGGCGAUUGUGCCGUGGUGCUGAGUAUCCCGCGAACUGAAGAGUAGUUGUAAAAGAGAGACAGAAAUAUUAUAGCUGUCUGUUUCAACUGUCAAGUUAUUCCGUAAAUUUCCUCGAAAUCAGCUGAUAGCGAUUGUGUCGGCAGCCGCGGCUUUAGCUCGCAAGCUAACAACGCUGGUCGCUACCGCUAGCGCUAGUAGCUUGCGCGGUCCUUUACCAUCGCUAGUUCGUGUUUUGCGUCAGUCAUGAUCCGGUAGCGCGCGCAGAUGGAUAUCGCGAGCACAAACGGUCCGUCGCUGCGACUCCGCGGCGGCGUCAACAAUCACAGUGAUAGUAAAAAACAUGAGUUGAAUCUGUGCACGAGUGUAAUGUCGGCGGAGACAAAGCGUCUCCUGCCGCCCACUACGGAAACUAUCAUGACGAAGCCGUUCCCUAUAAGAGGUGAACGUGCAAACUAUGUAAACAUUCCCCAUGUGAUUGCAAUGGUGGGUCUUCCUGCCCGAGGCAAGACGUAUAUAUCAAAGAAACUGUCACGGUACCUGAACUGGAUAGGCAUUAAUACAAGGGUAUUCAACUUGGGUGAAUAUCGGCGGCAUGCGACAACCGCGUACACGAGUCACGAGUUCUUCCGCGCGGACAACAAGGAGGCGAUGGCCAUCAGACAGCAGUGUGCGCUGGACGCCCUGCACGAUGUUUGCGAAUGGCUGGUUAAAGGUGGAGAGGUUGCUGUGUUUGACGCAACCAAUUCGACGAUGGAGCGGCGGCGGAUGAUCCGCGACAUCGUGGUACACAAGAUGGGCUUCAAGUUGUUCUUUGUGGAGUCAAUAUGUGACGACCCGAGGAUCAUUGAACAGAAUAUUAUGGAAGUUAAAGUUAGCAGUCCGGACUACACAAACAUACAGAACAUGGACAAUGUUCUUAAUGACUUUUUACUCCGGAUAGAGCAUUACAAGGAGAAGUAUGAGCCACUAGACGAGACGCUGGAGGAGGAGUGCAGUUUUAUGAAGAUAUACGAUACUGGAGAGAAGGUGGUUGUGCACAAACAUGAGGGACAUAUACAAAGUCGCAUUGUAUACUAUCUCAUGAAUAUACAUAUUGUGCCUAGGACUAUAUAUUUGACGAGGCACGGUGAGAGCAUGCACAACCUGGUGGGUCGUAUCGGCGGCGACAGCGAGCUGUCAGCGCGCGGGCGGCAGUACGCGAGCUCGCUGGCCACCUACAUCGAGCAGCAGCAGAUCCCCGGCCUAAGAGUCUGGACAUCCUGGAUGCGCCGCGCCAUACAGACUGUCAACGACGUGCGCGCGCCGCAGGAGAGGUGGAAGGCACUCAACGAAAUUGAUGCUGGCAUCUGCGAGGAGAUGACGUACGCAGAGAUCCAGGAGAAGUACCCGUCGGACUUCAACGCGCGCGACGCCAACAAGUUCGCGUACCGGUACCCGCGCGGCGAGAGCUACGAGGACCUGGUGGCUCGCCUCGAGCCCGUCAUCAUGGAGCUGGAGCGCCAGGGCAACGUGCUCGUCGUCUCCCACCAGGCCGUCAUGCGCUGUCUACUCGCAUACUUCCUCGAUAAGUCCGCAGAAGAGCUGCCGUACCUGCACGUGCCGCUGCACACAGUGAUCAAGCUGACGCCGGUCGCGUACGGGUGUCGCGAGGAGCACGUCGCGCUGCCCGUCGCCGCCGUCGACACGCACCGCCCCAAGCCCGCGGUGAUCCCCGCCCCGCGCAUCAAGCCGCCAGCUCCACUCAUCAACGGCGACACAAACGGCGAACAAACCGUCGAAACUCCAUCCCAUUAACAAACAUCGUAGUAAAAUAACAAAUUAAAUCUUAUUAUAUUCAAGUUUAAUUUAUACACGUCCUAAGUUUGACAAAGAUUAAUGAAAGCAGUGCAUAAUCUAUGACAUCGCGACAAAGAUUAAAAGAAGCUAUGCAUAAUCUGUGACAUGGCGUGUGCGGAAUGGCGGUGAACUUGAGACUGAUGUUAGUGAGUUUAGACAUCUAAGUCAUGUUAUCGUGUAUUUAAAAUGAAAAAUGUGUAAAAAAUAUGAAAUCAAAUUUCAUCUACGUUUUUAGUCCCUUUAAUCUCGAAGCAGCGCCGAGUUACAUUGGACGGAAGAUUUUUUUUUUCGUUCAAAAACAACA